CACUGUUCAUCACUUUUCAGUAGGAAAGUAGCUGUUGGCUGCCCUGGAAGUCGCUAGAUGGCGCCAUCGUCUAACUUGCAUACAUUUGCAUAUGCUGUAAAAUGUUGUAGGAAAAAAGCAUAAUCUCUCAGGAGAGACAAAAAAAUGUCUCCUUCUUCUUACCUCUUCUUUCUAAAUUGUGCACCUGAUGGUUUUGACUUGUCUUUUCCAUGUUUUGUUGACAAAUUAACGGCACUUUUAUCAUCAUAGCCAGAUCUAGCGACAAGUUCUGGAGUUCUGGUCUCCAAGUUGGCAACACAUUAGCGGCCCUGCGUCCUGUGGUAUGUUUUUUAGCGCCAGGUGGCAGCAGUACGCCAAAAGUAGGAAAAGACCACCAAACGAAGAAAAUGUCCUCCUGUCACCGCGGGUGUGAGGCGUAAAUGUGGAGGUCAUGUAAAUUGUAUCGAUCAUGUGUAUGUUGUACCCCACACUGUGGCUUUGUUUUUAUGGCUUCUUUUCAAACCUCCGGCCGUCGGAGCCUUUCCUCACUGCCUACUUGAUGGGACCAGAGAAGAACCUGACCGAGGCGCAGGUUGUGAGUGAGAUCUAUCCAAUCUGGACAUAUUCCUAUCUUGUGUUGCUGUUCCCUAUCUUCCUAGCCACAGACUACCUGUGUUACAAGCCUGUGUUACUGCUGCAGGCAGCUAGCUAUGUAGUCACCUAUGUGAUGCUGCUCAAGGCCCAGGGCCUCCUGGCCAUGCAGCUGCUGGAGUUUUUCUUUGGGCUCGCCACAGCCUCAGAGGUCGCCUACUACUCGUACAUCUACAGUGUAGUGGAGCCUGCUCACUAUCAGAGGGUGACGGCCUACUGCCGCAGUGUCACUCUGUUUGGCUCGGCUGCCGGCGCGCUGAUGGGCCAGCUCCUCCUCUCGGUGGCCAAAGUCCGGCUGGUGCACCUCGUCUCCACCACGCUCGCAUCCGCUGCCAUAGCCUUUGUUCCUCCUUGGUUUCUGCCCAUGCCCAAGAGGAGCUUGUUUUUCCACAAGAAUCCUGAGGGGGUGGAAGAGCAUGACUUCGGUGGUGCUCUGAUUAGGGAGGGUGACAAGUCAGAGAGCGAAGUGCCUCAAGAUCAUGAGGAAGUCUCCACGGUGCCCCUGCCCGCUGAGGAGGCGCAGAGAGGCCGUGGUCUCUUGGAGGUCUUGAGGAUGUUGUUGACGGACUUCCUGCACUGUUACAGACGAGGUCCCCUACUUGCGUGGUCAGUCUGGUGGGCGCUGGCCACGUGCGGCUACUUUCAGGUGGUCAACUAUGCCCAAGCGCUGUGGGAGAACGUCCGCCCCUCCCAAGAAUACGACAUCUACAAUGGCUACGUGGAGACAGCGUCCACUCUGCUGGGGGCGGUUGCUGCUCUGCUGGUGGGCUAUCUGCCUGUGAGCUGGUCUUUGUGGGGAGAACUGGCUUUGUGUCUCCUGUCUCUGCUCAUGGCAGCAUGUCUGCUCAUCAUGGACCUGUUGGGGAACAUCUGGCUGUGUUACGGCUCCUACGUCCUUUUUAGAGCCACCUAUAUGCUACUAAUCACUGUUGCCACGUAUGAAAUAGCUGCCAGCCUUGACAUGCAGCGCUAUGCUCUGGUGUUUGGUGUCAACACCUUCAUGGCUUUGCUGCUACAGUCUUUGCUCACUCUGGUGGUGGUUGACUCCGCUGGCCUUGGCCUUGACAUCUUCACCCAGUUCUUCAUUUACGGGGGCUACUUUGCUGUGAUCUCUGCUGUCUUCCUCUUGGCCUGGCUUUACAACUUGGCUAUCCGGAGACGCUGUGAUCAGCAGGUCGUGUCCAGAAGCCCGGCAGUCAUGGACAGCACAUAAUAUGACUGUCAUGACAGAUGGACUUUUUUUUUGUUGUUGUUGUUGUGCCACUGUGUUAUUUGCUGCCUUGUCCACUCUGUAUAAAUGCUGCAUUCCAGAAAACUGGGGAGUUGGAGAAUUUUGACUUCCGAGUUGGUCAAGUGUAUUGAAACUUGAAGUCUAGGAGUUCCUAGGCCUUGGAGAGGCAUGACAAGAACUUCACUUUCAUUUCCAUUGAGUUUGAGCAUAUUCAUGAACAUCCAAUUAGUGAUGGCCUGAAGAAAGUCUGUAAGAGCAGUCGGGGGUGAUGUUGAGGAAGGCUUGGUUGCGAGAUAGAUCUGAGCGUCACCAGCGUAACAAUGAAAACAAACGACAAAAUAACCAAAAAUAUUACCGAAGGGAAGAAGAUAAAUUAUAAAAAGUAGGGGACCGAGGACUGAACCUUGGGGGACACCGUGAAUGAUUGGUUAGCAUAAAGAUUUAACAUUGUGACCCUGAAGAAAUUGCAAACGGUUGGAAAUGUAAGAAUAGAACCACCAGGCUAAACGAUAGAGGAUGACAAUGUAGAAAAUAUAGUACCAAAAGCUGUGCUAAGGUCGAGGACGACGAGAAUGGAGGGAAGGCAAGAGUCUGCUGCGAGGAGGAGGUCGUUGGUGAUAUGAAUGAGAGCUGUUUCGGUACUGUGAUUGGGGCGAAAACCAGAAUGAAGGGCGCGAAGAGAUUGUAAGUAGAUGGUCCUGGAGUUGAGCGGCUACUAUAAGCUCAAGUAUCUUGGAAAUAAACGGAAGGUUUGAUAUGGGUUGGUGGUUGACAAGGUGUACUACUACAACUAUGAAGUAUUGCCAUUUAACACUAUGGGGUGUGGAUAUAUUGCAAUGUCCUUGAUUUAAAUUUGUUGUCAGGACUGAUGAAGGUCAAAAGUGUCUUCACAAACAAAACAACUCCAGCAUGCCCCCGCGACCUUCCAAGAGGAGAAGCAGUAUAGAAAAUGGAUGGAUGGAUGGAAAACAAAUACUGCCUUAUUCUCAUGUUGUUGGUUUACUUUUGGUAAUAAGUUAAGUUGAUUUCCAACAUGCAUCACAAGUUACAUUGAAGUAGAUCAAGGGUGUACUUGUAGUUACACAAUUCAACAUGUCAAAAGGAUUAGGAAGAAGCAGAGUUUAUUUAAUCCUACCCCAUUCUUUGAGUUACAGCAUUAUUGAUAGUUUGUUCACUUCCUAUGUUCAAUGUUGUACCAGUUUACCAAUGUUUUUUUUAUAGUAAGUUUGCAGAUAGAUUUUUCAGUAUGUGGAAUGUAUCCAACUUGACAGCCUUCCCUAAUGCAGCAUAACGCACUUUGUAGUUUGCCCAGCUGGUGGCGCAACCACACAUCAGUCACUUGCUAGUUUACUUCUGCCACUCAAACCACAGCAAUAAACACAAUCGUCAGCGUCAGAAUGACAAACCAAUAGUUAAUCAAUAGAAAAGCGUACUACUAUUUUUAAGCGCAGUUUUGGAUGAGUACAUUUGAGCCUUCGGACUUGAAACCAGCACAGCACUUAUGUGUCCUUUCUAAGCAUCAGCAUGUUAAUUUACCAUGCCACUGGAAAAUAAAGUAUGUAUCUUCAUGCAUAAUGUGUUAUCGUGUUAAUGAAGGUUGUUUACAUUUCACUGUGAGCAUCAGUACACAGUACACACACCGAAGGACGUCUCCUAUGUGGGUGGUGCAGCUGACUGCCGGAAGUCGAUCACAAGCUCCUUGAGUUCAAGUGCACACGAGUUGGCGAAGCCU